GCCUGAUUGUGCUGCCUUGCUCAUUCUUCCCGCAGCGGUUGGCCCUCCUUCUCCGUUUCCAAGGAUCGUCUUGCUGUUUGUCGUUCUCGUUUGAUUUCCACUUACCUCACUUUCCCAUUCGCAGUUUGCGAUAAGCACUCUGACUUUGCCCAUUAAUUGAUUUUUGACAUCCUUUGUACGAUUGCCCGAUGAGCACAGGCAGGCCGAAGCUCAACAGUCGUACCGGACUAUAAUUUGUCACCAUGCCAGGGACAGUCGCAGAUGGGCCGACGGUGGCCAUGUCGUUUGCCAAUAAUUUUUGGGGGAAAGAUGACGCCGGCGUCGGGCCUAUGAUGGAUCGAAUGCACAACGCCAAAACGUCCUGCGACGAAUUGAAGACUUUCUAUAACAUUCGAGCCGCCAUCGAAGAUGAAUACGCACGGAAACUUCUAGCGCUAUGCCGCAAACCGCUGGGGUCCACUGAGAUAGGCUCACUACGCGCGUCCUUCGAUACUGUCCGUGGUGAAACCGAAGCUAUUGCGAAAGCCCAUGCAGCAAUUUCAACACAAAUGAAAAGAGAAUUGGAGGAGCCACUGGUUGCCUUCGCGGGUGGAUCAAAAGAGCGUAGGAAGAUCAUACAGAAUGGAAUUGAACGCCUUCUUAAGACUAAGAUACAGCAGACUCAUGUCGUCAAUAAGACAAGAGAUCGUUACGAGCAGGACUGCUUGAGGAUCAAGGGCUAUCUCGCACAGGGCCAUAUGGUGAUGGGUCAGGAAGAGCGCAAGAACAAAGCCAAACUGGAGAAAACGCAAAUACAAUUAGCAUCCAGCAGCAGCGAGUACGAAGCAGCCAUCAAAAUCCUAGAAGAGACAACUGGACGUUGGAACAAGGAGUGGAAGUCCGCCUGCGAUAAAUUCCAAGACCUAGAGGAGGAAAGGCUCGAUUUCACCAAAAGUAGUCUCUGGACGUACGCAAACAUCGCGUCGACUGUUUGUGUUAGUGAUGACGCUUCAUGCGAAAAGAUCCGUCUCUCUCUGGAAGACUGUGAGGUGGAGAAAGAUAUUAUCAACUUCAUCAAAGAAAGGGGAACUGGGCAGGACAUCCCAGACCCACCAAAAUUCAUCAACUUCUGUCGUGGUGGAAUCGACGACACUAGCUCCGAGGCAUCAGAGGAAGAAGGCUACUCUGUGGCCCAGUUUCAGCGCACAAUUAAUCCAGCUUAUCGCAGUUCAUCCCCGCAGCCUUCAGCUUACGACUCCAGUAUGGAUCCGGACGCUGAGAUCGCGGCCAAGAUCAACAGGCCUGCUACUCCCUCAAGCAGGGAAACUACAGCUACUCCACAGAAGCCGCCGCCGGAACCGAGACAGCAACCAUAUCCUCAGCCAAUGCCACAGUCAAUGCCGCCAGUUGUCCAGCAGCCCGUCCAGCAGCAGCAGCCGCCGCCGGCACAGCCUGUGCAGCCAAUGCAGCCUCCACCCAUGCAACAGCCCGCUCCGCUGGAUCUUCGCCGUGGUGGAUAUCUACCGCCGAAUUAUGAUCCCAACGAGCACGGUGAAAUCGGUACUGUGCCUCACAACGCGUACCCCACGGAUGGUAUGACCAUGUUCUGCCGGACAGGGCCCCCAUCGGAGCGAAGCUCAGGAACGAAUAGCGCAUAUAGACCGUCCAGUCGCGACUCUCAGAGUGAGGUAUCCAACCCAACUUCCAUGUCGAGCCAGGAACCUACAAGCGCCAGACAGUCUCCGACCAAGCCCACAAAUGGCGUCCCACUCCCCGGAAUGGAUAAGCAGGUUCAAAAGAAACGAAGCGCAUUCUUCAGUAAUAGUCCUUUCCGGCGCAAGAGCCGCCACGAUAAGGACCGUCAGUCCGGCCCAUCUCAAGCACCCUCUCGCAGUACAUACGCUCCAGCGAAACAAGCAAGCCCGAUCAAGGCCCCUCAACCUCAGCAGCCUGUUUCGAUCCCAGAUCCGGGCAGGGUAUCUGGUAGCCCAGAGCCUGUCGAUCCAAGAGCUAAUUUCCAACUUAAUGUAGGAAAUAAUGUGUUUGAUGUGGAGUCCCCAGACAAGGUUACCAAGAAGGGAGCUCAGGCGAGCAAAAAAGCAGAGGAGCAAGAUCCUAUCGCCCGGGCCCUAGCAGAUCUGAAAGGCGCAGGAAAGCAGUCGGCAAGCCGAGUCUCAGCCGACAGAUAUCAUGGCAUCACCACACCGGUCCCACCGGCAGCAAAUAAUCCAACCGUCACCCCUGGCUCUGUCGCAACACCGCCUCCAGCUUAUAAUGAUGCAUCAAUGAAGCGCCUUGAUGCGCCGCAGCCUGCUUUCACCGCUGCUCAGAUGCAGAAAACAACUCAGAGGUUCACCGGACAGACUCAGAAUAUGCUCAGGGGAACUAGCCAGGCUCCAAGGCGUAACAGUGGUCAAACACAGGAAGCUCCUCGUGCCAAGUCACCAGCUCGCAGCGCCAGCCCUCAGGUCAAUCCCCCUCGCGUGGAUACCCGCAUGGGUCAGUAUAGCCGGGCUGCCAGUCCAAGCCCGAGCACGUAUCAGUCAAACAGCAUGAAGAACAGAUAUGCCCAGUCUCCAACAGUUUCUACCCCUCCUCAGCGUCCUGUUGAUGCCACCCCGCGCUCCAGACGGGGAUCUGUAGCCACGACUAUGCCGCGGGCGGUGUCGCCACAGCCCCAGUAUCGUCAAUCCCCAACGACGGCUGCUUCGCGAGCUGUUUCGCCUCAGCCACAGUUUCGACAGCCCCCACGAGCUGUCUCGCCUCAACCUCAAUUCAGACAGCAGGCUCGUCCUUCCAGCGCUGGAGGCAUGGAGCUGCAACUGUCCAGCCCGUCUGACAUGUACAGCGGCGGACAUGACGGGUCCCGGCGCGACAGCGGUAGACCCAUGUCAUAUUAUGGUGACAGCGCCAGCGUGCGCAGCCGGUCGAGAAGCAGGUCAAUGGCUGUUGCCGAUCCUGGCAGACAAUUCAGUCGCGAUGGCCGACCCAUUUUGCACUUCGCCCGAGCAAUGUACAGUUACACGGCCGCCAUUCCCGAGGAAUUGGGCUUCAGCAAAGGCGACGUGCUAUCCGUCAUCCGGCUUCAAGACGAUGGCUGGUGGGAAGCUGAGAUCACAACCACUCGAAGCCGGACAGGAUUGGUGCCGAGCAACUACCUACAGAUCAUCUAAAAUCAACAUCAUCAGAAGUAUUUGUUCUCAAAACUUCAUGCCCCUGCUAUCCCAUGAACAGUUCAAUACAUCUAAGGUCCCGAGAAUGACCUUAUUCCUAAUUCACGCCUCCAUGAUUCAGACGCCAGAUUGUCUCCAUGUUUUCUGAAUUUCUCGUUGCCAGUUUCUAUUUCACUUUUUAUACGCGUCCAUCUCACAAGCCAUGUAAUCACUCUUUUUCCCACGUUGAUGUCUCUUCCCUGCUGUUCUUGGCAAGCCCGUCGUUUGGAAAUCGGUCCUUUUAUGACUUUGCGAUACCUACUUGUCAGAUUAAUAUGACGAUUGUCCUUCUUUUUUUCCCUCCCAGGUUUGGAGUUCGGGCAAACAAUGUCAUUACUCGAAUAAUGAAAUUUGUCG